AUGGUAGGCAUAUACAACUCUGACAAUGGCUCCAAGAGGUUAGGAGAAGGAUUUGUCGUUGGAUUACGGAUGCUAAAUAUAAGUUCACAUCGUUAUCACAGUGUCUUAUACGAGGAUAGUUAUACUUUGGCAAUGUUGGAUGUUGUUCUACCAAAGGCCAUUAAUACGGGUGAAUUCAACUGGGCUGAAUUUGAAGUGGUUGUUUCAUUUAGUGUUUAUCAGUUAGCAAUGCUGAUCACGACUAGAUAUCGUGCAAUCACAAGUGCCUACUAUCGAGGAGCUGUUGGUGCAUUGCUUGUGUAUGAUGUUACGCGUCAUGUUACAUUUGAAAAUGUGGAGAGGUGGUUAAAGGAACUCAGGGAUCACACAGAUUCAAACAUUGUUAUCAUGCUUGUUGGAAAUAAGGCAGACUUGCGUCACUUGCGCGCUGUUUCUACAGAAGAUGCAAAGGCAUUUGCUGAAAGAGAAAACACAUAUUUCAUGGAAACUUCUGCUCUGGAAUCUAUGAAUGUGGAAAAUGCCUUCACAGAAGUUCUUAGUCAAAUAUAUCAUGUCGUCAGCAGGAAAGCUCUCGAGGUCAGUGAUGAUCCAGCGGCUUUACCUAAGGGACAGACCAUUAAUGUUGGCUCUAAAGAUGAUGUUUCUGAGAUAAAGAAAGUUGGCUGUUGCUCUGUUUAGAAAGAAAUGCAACUCCAUUUAUUCUAAUGUAAUCUAAUGUCCAUGUGGCCGGGGAUUUUCCCAUUGAACCAUCGACUACAUGGAUUGUUCAUUUGUUUGAACCAAAACUUUAUCCCUAUAGUUGAAGAUUUUGUUAAUUGCAAUACAAAAAUUUGUCCAAAUCAAGGGAAAGGGAUCUCAAUUACUUAAA